GUGCAGUCACGUGUGCUACUUUUGACCAGGACAGGAGCACUGGGCAGCAGAAGUUCUGCUCGCACCUCCACACAGGCACCUCGGAAGAGUGGAGUCUGGCCUCUUCCUCCACGGUCAUACACUUACACAGGGACAGGAUUUAGAGUUCAUGAUCUAGAGUGCAAGGCACUUAACUUCUAAUAUUAAGAGUUAGACGGAUAAGUGUAAAAGAUGGCGACUGUUAUUGAGACACAGGUGCAGUAUAACAACACCUAUAUGAUGUCUACUACGGAAAGCUACAUGACUCAGGAGGACGACUGGGACAGGGACCUUCUGCUGGACCCUGCCUGGGAGAAACAGCAGAGAAAGACGUUCACGGCGUGGUGUAACUCUCAUCUGCGUAAAGCAGGAACUCAGAUCGAGAACAUUGAAGAGGAUUUCAGGAAUGGCCUCAAACUCAUGCUGCUGCUCGAGGUCAUCUCAGGUGAGAGACUGCCCAAGCCUGAUAAAGGAAAGAUGCGUUUCCACAAGAUCGCCAACGUCAACAAGGCUCUGGAUUAUAUCUCUAGCAAAGGAGUCAAACUGGUGUCCAUCGGUGCUGAAGAGAUUGUUGAUGGCAAUGUGAAAAUGACUCUGGGAAUGAUCUGGACCAUCAUUCUCCGUUUCGCUAUCCAGGACAUUUCUGUGGAAGAGACGUCUGCUAAAGAGGGUCUGCUGCUGUGGUGUCAGAGGAAGACGGCCCCCUACAGGAACGUCAACGUACAGAACUUCCACAUCAGCUGGAAGGACGGCCUGGCUCUGUGUGCCCUCAUCCACAGACACAGACCAGACCUCAUCGACUACUCUAAACUCAGAAAGGACGACCCUAUUGGAAACCUGAACACUGCGUUUGAGGUGGCAGAGAAGUACCUGGACAUCCCGAAGAUGCUGGACGCUGAAGACAUCGUCAAUACUCCUAAACCUGAUGAGAAAGCCAUCAUGACCUACGUGUCCUGCUUUUACCACGCUUUCGCCGGUGCCGAGCAGGCCGAGACCGCGGCUAACAGGAUCUGUAAGGUUCUGGCUGUGAACCAGGAGAACGAACGGCUGAUGGAGGAGUAUGAGAAACUGGCCAGUGAGUUGUUGGAGUGGAUCCGUCGCACCAUCCCGUGGCUGGAGAACCGCGUGGCGGAGCAGACCAUGCGUGCCAUGCAGCAGAAGCUGGAGGAUUUCCGCGACUACAGGCGUGUCCACAAGCCUCCACGCGUUCAGGAGAAGUGCCAGCUGGAGAUCAACUUCAACACCCUGCAGACCAAACUCCGCCUGAGCAACCGCCCGGCCUUCAUGCCCUCCGAGGGCAAGAUGGUGUCGGAUAUUGCUAACGCAUGGAAAGGUCUAGAGCAGGUAGAGAAGGGUUACGAGGAAUGGCUCCUCACCGAGAUCCGUCGUCUGGAGAGACUCGAUCAUCUGGCGGAGAAGUUCAAGCAGAAAUGUGCCCUUCAUGAGUCCUGGACCACAGGGAAGGAGCACCUGCUGUCUCAGAAGGACUAUGAGACGGCCUCUCUGAUGGAGAUCAGGGCUCUGAUGAGGAAGCACGAGGCGUUUGAGAGUGACCUGGCCGCACACCAGGACCGCGUGGAGCAGAUCGCAGCCAUCGCUCAAGAGCUGAAGCAAUUGGACUAUCAUGAUGCUGCUUCGGUGAACACCCGCUGUCAGGGCAUCUGUGACCAGUGGGACAACCUGGGAACCCUGACCCAGAAGAGAAGAGACGCUCUAGAGCGUGUAGAAAAACUGUGGGAGACGAUUGAUCAGUUGUACCUGGAGUUCGCCAAGAGGGCGGCGCCCUUCAACAACUGGAUGGAUGGAGCCAUGGAGGAUCUGCAGGACAUGUUCAUCGUGCACAGCAUCGAGGAGAUCCAGAGUCUGAUCACAGCUCACGAUCAGUUCAAGGCCACCCUUCCCGAAGCCGAUAAGGAGCGCAUCGCCGUCAUGGGCAUCCAGAACGAGAUCACCAAGAUCGCCCAGACCUACGGCAUCAAGCUGGUCGGAGUCAACCCCUACACUGUCCUCAGCCCACAGGACAUCACCAACAAAUGGGAGGCAGUGAAGCAGCUGGUUCCCCUCAGAGACCAGAUGCUGCAGGAGGAGGUUGCGAGGCAACAGGCCAACGAGAGGCUGAGGCGCUCCUUCGCCGCUCAGGCCAACAUCAUCGGACCCUGGAUCCAGAACAAGAUGGAGGAGAUCGGUCACGUGUCGGUGGAUAUCGCCGGCUCUCUGGAGGAACAGAUGAAUAAUCUGAAGCAGUACGAGCAGAACAUCAUCAACUACAAAUCCAACAUUGACAAACUGGAGGGAGAUCACCAGCUCAUUCAGGAGGCACUCGUCUUCGACAACAAACACACCAACUACACCAUGGAGCACAUCCGUGUGGGCUGGGAGCAGCUGCUCACCACCAUCGCUCGCACCAUCAACGAGGUGGAGAACCAGAUCCUGACCCGCGACGCCAAGGGCAUCAGCCAGGAGCAGCUCAAUGAGUUCAGAGCCUCCUUCAACCACUUCGACAGGAAGAGAAACGGCAUGAUGGAUCCCGACGAUUUCCGUGCAUGCCUGAUCUCCAUGGGUUAUGAUCUGGGUGAGGUGGAGUUUGCCCGCAUCAUGACGCUGGUGGACCCCAACAACACAGGCGUGGUGACCUUCCAGGCCUUCAUCGACUUCAUGACACGCGAGACCGCUGAAACCGACACUGCUGAACAGGUCAUGGCCUCCUUCAAGAUCCUGGCCUCCGACAAGCCCUACAUCACCAUGGAGGAGCUCCGUCGCGAACUCCCACCCGAGCAGGCCGAGUACUGCAUCAGCCGCAUGACCAAGUACGUCGGCCCCGAGGCGGCUCCUGGAGCCCUGGAUUACAUCUCCUUCUCCAGUGCCCUCUAUGGAGAGAGCGAUUUAUAAACGCUCUGAUUUCUUUUUCUCUUUCUUUCCUCUCAUCUUUCUCCUCUCAUAUUCUCCAAACCCCCAAAUGUAGUAUUCGAUCUACGAGGGAGUUUGUAAUAUCCCUCGUUUCCCCUCUGUCUGCUAGCUUUAACAUCAUAUUUGUACUACAUCCACCGUGUAAAGGACGUGUAAUUGAAGGGGUUUAAUCUCGCCGUCACUCAAUAUUGUGUCCAAUUUUGAUGCCAAAACCUCCUAUAUGCAUCUCAUAUGAUGAGUCUAAAGUCAGCAUGGAGUUAGACCAACCCUAUUUACGUUCCUAAUUUGCAUUUUAUAUAUAUAUAUAUAUAUAUAUAUAUAAAUAUAUAUAUAUAUAUAUAUAUAAAUUCUUCAGUGCAGUUUAGGAUCUUUCAUUGAAAUAUAAUAACUUGUUCCGCCUCUAAUACAACUAUUAGUUGACUUUAUCUAGGCUGGAAACAAUCAGAAAGCUGCAAUCACAAUAUAAAAGUAAAAUGGGUUAUGAACACCAUUUCAUGUAGACUUUAGCACGCUAAGCCAAAUUGUCCCUCUCUGUGCCAAAUAAAACCUUCCAACAUAUUAAAAAAUAUAUUAAAAAGUGUGUUUGUUGAUGCUAAAGAGCGCUUGUGAAGAUGCAUGCUGCGUUUAUUCUGCAGACAGUAAUAUGCGAGAGAGCCCCCCUCUUCGUUAAGUCUGUACUUUUAUUUUAAGACCCCAAAAAGCACUACUGCUGUCCAGUGUCUUCUUAAUAUGAAACUGUGAGAACAACUGAAUAGUCUCUACACAGAACAUGAUGUCUCUGUAUGUUGUUUUGUCAUGUUUACCCCUCAAUAUCGUUUAUGAUGUACGUCUUCACUGUUCGGAGGCAAAUUUUUUAUUUGUUUUCCUUUUAUUUGGAGAGUUUGUGCAAAAAUUAUCAACAAAAGCCAGUAAAUGAAGAUGUAAUGGCAGAGUGUAUGUGUUGUACUGACCGGAAAGGUUUCUGCUAGUCAAAAAGCUAAACAAAAACCAGGUUUGCCUUAAAACCGACUGUAAGCCACAGGUACAUACAAGACAGUCUUUUAAGAGUUUUGUUAUUCACUCCUGUAAUUUAAAGCGUAAUAGUUCACUCAACAUAAUAAAGUUCUGUCACAUUUACUCACCCUUAUGUCAUUGCAAGCCUUUGUGAUAUUCUUUAAGUCGAUAUUCUUUAAGUCUAAAUCCGCUAACCAGGGUCUGUCAAGACUCCAUAUUCUGAUUUGAAAAUAUUCAACAGCUUGCGAAAAACAAACCCUACACAAGAACAAUAGCUAUAUUAGCAUCCAUACCAACGGACAAUAACGUUCAGUUUAUGAUAAGCGCGCGCUUCCUUUAUGUCUUCUUCAGCUUUAAAUGUUCGCGCGCUUUAACACUGGGUGGAAUCUGAUUGGCUGUCAAUGCGUUUUAACGUUCUAAAAAAAGUUUUGAAAACAAAUUGGUCCUCUGUAUGUUAUCCUCAUAGUUGUGGUGGGAACAUCACGACUUUUCACAGAAGGAUUAACGUACAUAAGACUUUAUAGUUAUCUGUGAAGACAAGAAAAACAUUAGUUUUAAAAAACGCGAGUGAAUGAUGACGUUUUUUUAUUUUAGGGUAACUAUUCCUUUAAGAGCAGUGGUGUAAGGAGAUCGAGGGAACACUAUCUGGUUCUUUGAAAGGGAAGUUUGAAUGUUCUGGAAGUUUUGGAAGGAGGCAGAAGGUCCUGAUUACCUUCGUCCUCAGGCAGGCCUUGGCGUUAAGGAUAUGGUCUCUAUUGGCGAUAUUUUAAUUAUUUCCAUCACAGAUGUUGUUUGUUGAUUAUUGUACCAUGAUGUGAUUUCUGGGUAAAGGUAUUUCGCCUCAUUGUGAUCACUCCCUGUCUCCAUUUCCUCGAACGCUUUUCAAACACAGAGUAUUAAAAGUUCAACCGAAAAACCCAGAAUAAAACGUGUCAAUCGUC